GCCGCCGCCGUCUGUGCUGCCCCGCCCUCGGCCCCGCCGCUGGCUCUGUUCCUCACGCUGCAGCCCCCGCCGUAGCCGCCGCGGAGCCCACUGCCACCGCUUCUGAGCAGAAGAUGGCUGUGCCUCCCACGUAUGCUGAUCUUGGCAAAUCUGCCAGGGAUGUCUUUACCAAGGGCUAUGGGUUUGGCUUAAUAAAACUUGAUUUGAAAACAAAAUCUGAGAAUGGACUGGAAUUUACAAGCUCAGGUUCAGCCAACACCGAGACCACCAAAGUGACGGGCAGUCUGGAAACCAAGUACAGAUGGACCGAAUAUGGUCUGACGUUUACGGAGAAAUGGAACACUGACAACACACUAGGCACGGAGAUUACUGUGGAAGAUCAGCUUGCACAUGGCCUGAAGCUGACCUUCGAUUCAUCCUUCUCACCAAACACUGGGAAAAAGAAUGCUAAAAUCAAGACAGGGUACAAGCGGGAACAUAUCAACCUGGGCUGUGACGUGGAUUUCGACAUUGCCGGGCCUUCCAUCCGGGGUGCUCUGGUGCUGGGUUACGAGGGCUGGCUGGCUGGCUACCAGAUGAAUUUUGAGACUGCGAAGUCUCGAGUGACCCAGAGCAACUUUGCAGUUGGCUACAAGACUGAUGAGUUCCAGCUUCACACUAAUGUAAAUGAUGGGACAGAGUUUGGUGGCUCCAUUUAUCAGAAGGUGAAUAAGAAGUUGGAGACUGCUGUUAAUCUGGCCUGGACAGCAGGAAACAGUAACACUCGCUUCGGAAUAGCAGCCAAGUACCAGAUCGACCCUGACGCCUGCUUCUCGGCUAAAGUGAACAACUCCAGCCUGAUAGGGUUAGGAUAUACUCAGACCCUAAAGCCAGGUAUCAAACUGACACUGUCAGCUCUGCUGGAUGGCAAGAAUGUCAACGCUGGUGGCCACAAGCUUGGUCUAGGACUGGAGUUUCAAGCAUAAAUGGAUACUGUACAAUCGUUUAAUUUUAAACUAUUUUGCAGCAUAGCUACCUUCAGAAUUUAGUGUACCUUUUAAUGUUGUAUGUCUGGGAUGCAAGUAUUGCUAAAUAUCAUGUUAGACUUCCAGGUUAAAGAUGAUUCAGCUUUAGGGUGUUACCCUUUCAGAGGUACAGAAGAAACCCAAUUUCAAAAAAGGUCCUUUCAGCUGUAGACUUGAGGGGGAGCUUGCUGGCCCCUCUAGAGAUGUCAGGUUUCUUUUUUACCUAGAAAUGGCUGCAAGUGGAAGUUGAUAAUUUGCAGGCACUUUGUAAAUUUGUAUUGAGUAAAUGAAUGAAAUUGUGACUUCCUGAGAAUUGAACUUUGGUUUCCUACCCUGAUUGAGGAGAGGCUGUUUGAUGGUGUAUACAAACUCAUCUGAAAGGGACUUUUUUAGGCAGGGACUUUUUCCACCCCAAUCCAUCACCUCUUUUACACCAAAAGUAGUCUGCAGGGCGUGGUAGCUGUUUCUUCUGUGCCAUUUUGGGGUGGAGAAGGUGGAUAUGAUGAAGCCAAUAAUUCAGGACUUAACUGUGUUUUUUCUCAUGUUGUGUUUUUUUGCCCUUGCACCAGAGUAUGAAAUAGCUUCUAAGAGCUCCAGCUGCAAGCUGGGAAGAGUCUCUGUGACUGUAAUCACAUGGUGACAACACUCAGAAUCUAAAUUGAACUUCUGUUGUAUUCUCGCCACUCAGUUUAUUUUUUAGUUUAAUGGGUACAUUUUAGAGUCUUCCAUUUUGUGUGGAAUUAGUUCCUCCCCUUCAAAUGCUGUAAUUAACAUCACUUAAAAUAAAACUUGAAUAAAAUAUUGAAA